AUGAGCACAAUUUGCCCAUCACCGUCUACACCAGCAUUCGAUUUGGCAUCAUUUCUUUCUGGUGCCUUACAAUUAAAAAGAGAAUCACAAUUUAUGAAUGGUUUUGGCACUUUUCCAACCACUCCCGACAUUUUGCUAGGACAUAAUCCGAUCUCUCCUGUUUCACCCGGAAGCGAAGGACGAAAAAGACGAAGGGGAGAGGUAAGGAUUUUGCUCUUAUCAAGGAAAUUCUUCCCUUACCUAUCUUUCCCAACUAAUUGGACUACCACCCCUGCUAUUUUCUUUUUGAAUCUCCUCCCCCUUCUUUCAAGUAACAAAAUCUAUCUUACAAAAUUGCGAAACUCUGCAGCGAAUCCAGCAAACACUUUGGACGGUCUCGUGGCUCGUCGUGCCGAUGACACUCAUGAGCCAUUUCAGAAACGAUAUCUGAGCGAACAAGAGGCUAUCGAAGGACCAGAUGAUGAGGCCGAAGCAAAGCGCAUGGAAAAAGAUCCCGAUGUAUCGACACGUACGUGCUCAACAUGCGGCUAUGUAGGGAAAUGGAUAUCCGAAAUGAUACGACACAAGCGUGUACACACAAAUGAACGUCCAUUCAAAUGUCGUUACUGUUCGAGAACAAGCAAAUGGAAAGCGGAUUUGAUUCGUCAUGUGGCUAAAACGCAUGGGAUUCGUGUCGUGUCAAAGUACAGCCGCUCAAAAGCAUUCGAUCAAACAGUGACAAAUCUCACGAAUCGUGAUGAUGACGAUAAGCCGAGAGUGUACGCAUGUGAACCCGAUAAAGUGCCGGAACGACAAAAGCAGUUGCACUCGCUACAAGUUGAAGCGAAUCCAGAAUUGGCACGACCAGAGCCGCUUCUACCCGACAAAGCUCCAUUGUCAUAUAGAUGUUCAAGCUGCUUUUUUGAACAAGCUGGCCUGUCGGUCCUGGUACAUCAUCUAAGAACUAUGCACGACAAAUCCCCUUAUGAAUGCCGUUGCCAAGCCGUUUUCGAAUCCAUCGGCGAUGCUCUAAACCAUGCUACCCUUUCGGAAAAUUGCACUUCGGACGAUUUGAUCCUCAACGUUGUGCCAAUUUACAAUAACAGAAAUGCAAGCAUGUCAUCGAGCGAAUCAAUGAGUCCAACAAGGUACCGUAGUGACAGCUCACCUGACAGCGGAGUUCAAGGCGAUUUGGAAGACGUUGAAGCUGGCAGAACGUCUGCAACUAUCUCAAAGUGUACGGGAGAUUCAGAGAGCGAAAAUACCAACAAUUUGCUGUCCUCGUCAUCUCUUUAUGCUACAUCGGCAGCCUCUUUUCUACCAUCUAUGGACAUCUCAACUGCCCUUCUCGCACUGCAGCUACCAUUUAUGUCCGAUUACCUAGCGACUAUGACGUCGUUGAUGACUACUCCACCAAUCACGCCGGUUGCAAAACCUUUGGCAUACAAAUGCGCUCAAUGUGGUAUGCGAUUGGCGGAUGUGCUUGCUUUCGUUGCUCAUUCUCGCGUACAUGCAUCAUCAGUGCUGCCACUGGUAGACAGUAAUAUCGUUGGUGGAUUUGCGGUACAACAUGAUCAAAAAGACGAAGUGGUCGAUGUAGAAAUGUAAAAAUACUAUUGAAAAAUGUGAUCUCUUUAUGCAUAAUUCUACAAGUUAAUUUCACCAAAAUUCCUCUACUUAGGUGAUGACCCCCAUUGUAAAGGUACAUAUUCGAUUCUGGGC